AUGACUGUUGACAAUCUUAUCAGUAUUAAUCCCCUUGAUAUACAUAUUUCAAGUAAAUUUAUGAUCAAUGAUACAAUGGAAGCAUUGAUGAAUGCUCUUCUACUUGAAAAUCAAACAGUCAACGUUUCUUACAAUCAAUAUUACAAUAAAUGCUCUCCUUUGUUUUGUACCUAUGAUAUUCAACAACGAUUCGACUUGAUAUUUUUAAUGACCAGUAUUGCAGCUAUGUAUGCAGUUUUAAGUAAAUUUCUUCGAUUGAUUUUGCCAAUGCUAGUUCACUUAAUAUUUAUUGCUUGGAAACGAUUUCGAUCACAAGAUCUUUCUACUAAUCAAUCAACAUCCAUAAUUCAAAACACUCACUGUAACAUAAUACCUGAUGUUCUAUUUUUUAAAAAGAUGGACUCUAAAUUUAAAUCGUUACAGCAAUCAAUAUCAAGUGAAUGGGUCCAUCUAGUACAAGUAUUUCGUGAUUUUUCCCAAGGCAACGGUUUAAUUUCAUCUUUAGGAACUAACGUAGAAAUGAAAUUUGGAGGAACAGAUACUAAUGGUCACAUUAUUAUCCUCCCGAAAACGUACAAAAAUGGAACUUGUUCAUGUGCUACUUCAAAUUCUUGCACUACAGAUCUUAUCAAUGCUACUUGUCUUGGAUCUGGACAUCCAGACCCGAAUUCAUGCUCAAUUGAUAUUUUGCCAUUACAAUUUUCCUCGUCGGUUUCAAAUUUUGCCAUUAAUGAUCAAAUUGAAACUAUCGUCAAUCGAGCAUUCAUUGACUUUUGGUCAAAUGAUACGUCUUAUGAGCAAUAUUACACUGCGUGUGCACCAAUAUCCUGCAGUUACGUGAAACAACAGCAUGUGAAUCUUGUUUACGCACUGACGAUGUUGUUAAAUGUAUUUAGUGGACUUUCAGUGGUACUUAAAUAUAUAGUUCCACUUUUAGUUGGAAUGGCAUCUAAAUUACGUUCUCGUUUCAAAUCAUCACGGGUAUCACCGAGCUAUUAA